AUGGAUCGCCCUGACUUCGAAGACAAUCAAGGGAGAUGUGCCCCAGGUCGACUGAAGCGUCUCCAAUCAUUCCAAGUCCUCCUCCUCCGUCACGCACUACUCAACUUUCCAAAAGUCAAGAGAGUCAUCUACAGUACCUGUUCGAUGUACCCCGAAGAGAACGAAAUGGUUGUAGAUGAGGUCCUGGGAGACAUCGGGCAGGCCUAUAAACUAGUUUCUAUCAAAGAGUUGUUAAAAGAUCAAUGGAUAAACUUUAGCUCUAAAGACUACCAAUGCGGGGAAAAUUGCUUGUACGCUCGACCUGACGUUGACCAAAGCAAUGGGUUCUUCAUUGCAGUAUUCGAGAGACAUCCCGAAGUUCCUCUCCCUGAACAUCACAAGAAAAACAAAGUGAAUAGAAGGUCGACAAGUAAUAAUGGGGAAGAAACUGUGUUUGAAGACGAAACCGAUAACACUUGGAGAGACAAGAAAUGCAAGAAGAAGAGGAAGAGCAAGAGAGAUGAAGAUGUGGAUGAGGAUGAUCAUGUGAGGGCAAACAACAUUGAUGGCGGUUUAAAAAAGGUGAAAAUUUCUGAAGAUGAGAAGAUUGAAAACCAUCGAAGUCGACGGAAAUUCACAGAUGAUGAGAUUGAUAAGGAAAAACCAUUGAGUGAGGACAUAUCUGGAAAGAAACGUAAGAGGAAACAUAAGAAAGAUAUAGUACGAGACGGAAUGAAUAUCCGGGAUGCAGAAAAUAACUUGAAUAAUAAUGUGGAAACAGUGGAGGAAAUUGGAGAAUUUGAAACGGCGAAAAAGAAGAAGAAAAAGAAGAGAAAACACGAGGAAUCUCAGGUUGAUAGAAUGAAUGAAAAUCAGACGGAUGAGAAAUCCAUCGAAAUUAUUUGGAAUAAUUAUUCGGGAAGGGAUGAGGGUCAAGAGGCUGUGAAGAAAUCAAAGAAAAAGAAGAAAAAACAGGGAAGAAAAGAAAAGCAUCAGUAGAGGGUGAAUCCACUCUAGGCGAUACGAAUUCUUUACAUGAAGUCCAUGUAGAAGACAAUACGAAUAAUUCCGAAACAAGGGAUGAAACUCGAGCAUCCAAAAAGAAAAAGCAAAGGAAGAGGAAAUAAGAGGAAGAAUUGCCAGAGUUGGAGCUUAAUUUCAUUGCUUCAACGGAAACUUAGAAUUGAUGAGGAAAUAGUUGAACAUUUGCGGAAAACGAAGAUGAAGAAGAAGAAGAAAUGUAAAGUCAAUUCGAAUGAGGGAAUUGUGACUCUAUAAAUAUCGUACACUGAAUAAAAUUGUUUAUACUUUUGAAAAUAUAAUUAGUAUCCAUCCCAAAUAUUUUUACUAAUGACUAGUUUUACUAAUGUUGAUGCCCUUUCAUUAUGCCGUUUUUUC